AUUGAUAUACAUACUUACAUGUUGGAAACACAUGCGUACAGGCAAUUUUUGACGUAACACAAGCUGUAAGUCAACCUAUAAAAAUAAAUAAUAUAAAUGUGAUUUAAAAACAGAUUUACUCAAUGAAAAUAAUCAGGGAAGCUAUAAAAAUUUAACAGAAAUGUAUACCAAUGAUGUUAAUGGAUUUUCAUGUGGUUUUACUACUGCUAAAGGUAGUGCAAUCAGUGUUUCUGAUAAAGCUAUAUCAAAAGCAAAGAAUUUGUUUACAGAAGAAUUAAAGGAAACAGACAAUCAUGAAGAAAUAUGUAAGAUUCAGAUACAAAAUGGUGAGCUUGAAGUACAAUUGCCAAAUGUAGGAUUUCAAACAGCGAAUGGCAGAAAUAUUAAUGUAACAACUGAAGCAUUAUUAAAAGCAGAAACAUUAUUGUCUACUGAAAUCACAGAAAAUGUAAAGAGUAUCAUGCCUUCUAAAUGUAGGACUGCCAAAAGUAGUUUAGUUAUUAUUUCUAAUGAAACUGUAUUAGAAGAACAGGAAUCUAGAAAUACAUUAAAAAAUGAAACUAGUGAAGCCAAUGAAUCUAUGAUAAAUGAUGGAUUUAAAACUGCAAGUGGUAAACAUCUGGUAGUAACAGAGCAAGCAUUACAAAAAGCAGAGAGAUUGCUUUCUGAAAGUAUUAUAGAGAAUACAAACAAUGUAAUGUCUUUGAGUGCCUUUAAAAUUCCUAACAAUAAUUUAAGUAAUGUAUCAAAGCAUAAUUUGUUAAAAAAUGAUUUAAAAGACGUAGAAAAAUUUGGAGACAUAUAUCUAACUAAAAAAGAAUCUAAUAAAAAUGAAUUGCAAAACAUUGACUUUCAAACUGCAAGUGGUCAGUCUAUAAAUGUAGCAAAAGAAGCUUUAUUAAAAUCAAAUGCAUUAUUUCAUGAAGAUACUUUGGAAGAUCCUGAAAGUCCUAUGUUAAUUAAAUCACUUCAAAAACGAAAAAUUAAAGAAAUAGAUAACGAUGAUACAUCUUUAAACAAAGUGAAAUCUAAUCACUUUAAAAAGUUAAGAUUUAGUAAUGAAUUCCAAGUUCAAAGAACUGUUUGUAACAAUUCAAUUAAUAUUGAAGAAAAAGAAAAUCAGGAAAUGACUUUGGUGUCACCAAAAGUUUUAAUUGUAAAUAUUGAUAAAUCAGUAGAUAAUAAUCAAACAAAUGAAACAAAUGGGAAAAGCAAUGGAGGAAAUAGUACUUCCACAAAUUUUUUAAUUUCACAUGAAGUUGUAGCUAGUACUGUUGCACUCUUAGCUGAUGAAGAAGAUUCUUUAAAGCAAUGCAGUUCUAUAGAAAGCAAAGAAAAUGAAGAACUUCCAUCUAGCCCUGUAAUAGGAGGGCAAUUUAUUUCUAGAAAACGAAAGAGUGUAAAUAGUAAAAGAAGAAGUACAAAUGCUUUAAAAAACAUAGAAAAUAAAUGUCCUUGUAUAAGUACUUUAAAAAGUUCAAAUGAUAUUUUUGUAGAUAUAAACGAAGUUGUAAAUAAAAAAAAUAAGCAUUUAACACAAAAAGAAGAAUCAAUGAAUGAAACAAAGAGAUGUGAUAUUUCAGUUACCAAUGAAUUUAGUGAUACUCAAUUAAUGAUAGAAUUUAUAAAUCAAUCUGAAAAUAUUUUAGAGAAACGUUUUAAAGCUAUUUUAGAACAAGAAAAACAAAUUAGUUUAAAAGAGAAAUGCAAACCUAAACCUACAAUUAGUGUAUUAUAUUUGUAUAGAAAGACUAAUCACAACAAUCGUGUAUCAUGGAGAGAAAUCAGUAAAGGAAAUAAACCAAUACCAUGUACAAGUAAAGAACUUAUGGAACGAAAAUUACCGCUUGAAAUUUUAAAUAUAACAGCUGAUAAUGCAAUAACAUUUAAAUUUCGAUGUACAGAUUUUUAUGGGCAAGAUGUUGUACAAAAUAAUAUGGAAGGUAUAAAACUAAAAGACGGAGCCUGCUUAAUUUUGGAUGAAAAUGGUUAUGUAGGAAUAACAGAAAUUAACAGAGCUUUUCUAGCAAGUCCAGGAGUAGAUCCCAGUUUACUUUUCGAUGGAUGGGUUGAAAACCAUUUCAAAUUGAUUGUAUGGAAAUUAGCAUCAAUGGAUAGAAUAAAAUUGGGAUCUGUUACUUUACCACGAGCACUAACUCCUGAUAGAGUUAUGAUGGAAUUAAAAUAUCGCUAUGAUCGUGAAAUUGAUAGAUCUGAAAGAUCAGCUCUGAGAAAAAUUUUAGAAAAAGAUGAUGUUUCGUCGAAAAGGAUGGUCUUAUGCGUAGAAUCGAUUACCGAGCCUGACGAUUGUACUAUUACAAAUAGUUCUUCGUUAACAGCAUCAAAAAAAGUAAUAUUAACAGAUGGAUGGUAUAGUGUUCCAGCUUGUAUCGAUCAGGCAAUGGUUAAAAAUGUAAUGUCUGGUAAAGUAAAAGAAGGAACAAAAUUAAUAACAUAUGGGUCUGAAUUAUUAAACUGCGAUCAAGGAUGUUUACCGCUUGAAGUUCCAAAAAAUGUAUGUUUAAAGAUACAUACAAAUUCAACUAGAAGAGCAAGGUGGGACACAAAAUUAGGAUAUGUAGCUCCUUCAGGGCCGUUGUGCAUUAAGUUGAAGACCAUUAAUUCAAAUGGUGGAUUGGUUGGAAAAAUUAAAGUUCUGAUUACAAGAGUGUAUCCAAUGUUAUAUCGCGAGAAAACUCCGAUAGGAGGAUCUAUUUUUCGCAAUGCAAGAUGUGAAGAAAAAGCUAAUAUUGCUUAUGAAAAGGAAUGCAGAUUGACUAUAGAAGCGUUUUAUGCUAAAGCAGAAAAAUAUUUUUCCACUGAAAGAAGAAAAAGUUCUUCAAAUACAGAUAGUAUUGGUUUAUCAGAAUAUCUAUCAAAACGAGAAUUUGAGCAAUUAAAGAAUAAUUACCGCGUAAAGGAGGAAAAAUUUAGACGAGAACUGGAAUCACAGUUAAAAGAAACCUUACCGCCUCCACGUCAAGUUACACCUCUUUUAAAGAUUCGAGUAGUUGAAGAAGAAACGAGUGCUAUUCUCUCAAUCUGGUCGCCUAGCGAAGAAAUUGCAGAUAUUUUAAAAGAAGGAAAUGUUGUAUCAAUUUGCAAUGUUAUACCAUUGGGGAAAAGAGGCAACGUGCUACAGUUGAGUACAACCCGAAAUACAAUAUUUAAUCAAGUAAAUGUUUUUAAUAUAACUUAUUCUCGGAGAACAUAUACACCAUUAUGUGAUGUAAAUAAGGCCACUUUUGCCCCAGCUUAUGGAGAACUUGAUACAGUAGGAGUUAUUGUUGGAAUUGGAAAUGAACCUUAUGGUAUGAAACAUUUUGAAGCUGUAUAUUUGGCAUAUCCAGAUAGGGAUUUUCAAUCUUCAUACAUGUCAAUAUUAUUUUGGCAUGGCAUAGUCUCUCAUGGAUACGCAGAAAUUUUGACAGUAGGAUCAUUUGUUGCUUGUAGCAAUUUAGAGUGGCGACGGGCUACUUCAUGGAACAUACCAAUAACAUAUUGUACAGAACGAAGUACAUUUACUCGUAAUCCUCGGCAAAAUCAUCUUCAACAACCUUUUGAAGAUUUAAAACAUUUAAUCAAGGAUGCUAGUACGUAUAUAACAACAUGUGCUGAAGAAAUUUCAAAAGAAGUACAAAAGAAAUCGGUGACAAGAAUUUCAGAUUCGUAUAAAAAUAACCUCGAUAAAACAUCGAAUGAAAACCUUAGUUCUGAUAAAAAAUUUACUAAUGAUGUAUAUCAAGAACAUUCAAGAUAUAAUUUACUAAAUCAAUCAGCGAAGCCUAUUAGUGUACAGGAGCGGCUUGAAAGACUACAACGAUAUGGCGAACCAUCAAGUUUAUCUCCAAUUGUACUUAAUAACAGUUCCAAGCGAGUAUUUUUAGAGUUUCAGUCUCCUGUUCGACCAACGGAUAGAGACCAAACAAAAAUUCACAAGUUGUUAAAUAAAAAUUUUACGGGAAAUUCUAGGUGAUAAUAUAUAAUUUCAACUAUAAUUUAUUAAUUGUACUAUAAGAUAUAAAAUGUAUAUUAAUAUUUUGUGUAUAAUAAG